AUGGUGUCGCACAGGACUCUCGUGCGCCCCGUCAGCGAGAUCGCGUAUAGAAUCAGACCUCAAAUCUCGAAGCCGCAGCUUGCUCUGAUCACACAGAGGCGUUUUGCAAGCGAUGAGCAAAAGACAUCACCACUACCAGACGGUGAACAUGGCGCGAACGAGAGCCAACUUCCACAUGUGACCGAGGAGCAAGCAGCAAUGGACAAAUCCAUGGGCAACACACCACCUGAUAUCUCUCAAGGCACACCAGUCCAAGAGAUGCUCUCACGCGAUAAAGACGCACAAAAGAACGCACCCCAAGUCCUCAAGCAAGAGAUGAAGGACGGCCAACAGAAACGAUCAUACAGUACCAGCGCUCGACGACCCGCAGCAGAACUCCAAACCACCCAACAGCCGGAAUCUCAAAUCAUCGCCAACGGCAUGAUUCGAGGCAUGGAUUACCCUGAUGCCGGGCCUGGUCACAAGUUUCCUCUACCGGAAAUUAACAGUAUUUCCAGACUGGACCACUUGAAAAGAAGAUACGACCCGGUCGUUGAGCAGGUCACAAAGAGUUUGAUGAAGGAUGGGAAGCUCAGUGUUGCGCAGAAGAACAUGUCCGAAAUCCUCACCUUCCUCCAAACCGCGCCCGCGCCGCAACCCAAUCCAGCCUUCCCUCAACGAACCCUCCAACUAAGCGACACAGGCUCAACCCAACGCCUCCAACCCACUCACCCAACCCAAGGCUACCGUCCCGCUCCCUCCCCUCUCGCACCCCCCUCCUCCGUCAACGACACAACCGGCCUCUCCCCAACCCGUAUUCCCCGCUCCGCUCUCCCCCUCCACCCCGUCGAAUACCUUACCACCCUCAUCGACUCUGUCUCCCCUCUCGUCAAGAUCCGACAACAGAAAGGUCUCGCGGGCGGUGGACAGAGUUUGCCGAUUCCUGUACCGCUAGGUGUCAGGCAGAGACGCAGGACGGCGAUACAGUGGAUUUUGAAUGCGGCGGAUGGGAGGAGAGAGAUCCGGUUGAGCGAGAGGGUAGCGAAGGAGUUGUUGAGGGUGGCGGAUGGGACGAGUAGUGUUUGGGAGAGGAGGGCGAUGGUACAUAGGUUGGGUGUGGCGAGUAGGAGUAAUGUUACUAAUAUGAUGAGGAGGAAGAGGGGGGCGAGGACGCCUGUUGUGUAG